AUGUUCCUUCACAACCUCCCUUUCACUUCAAUCUUCCACAGAUGCAAAUCAAUCAAACAGUUUAAAGAAGCCCAUUCGCAGCUUGUCGUCAGAGGCCUAAACCACCCACCAGCGUCUCUCAGACCGAUAAUCUCCUUCUCCGCUCUCGAUCCCUCCGGCGACACAAACUAUGCCAUUCUCCUCCUCCUGUUCAGGACUUCCGUAGCUUCUUCGGUCUUCCUCUUCAACACUGUGAUACGAGGCCUUGCUCGCAGCCACGGCCGUCGGACUUUUGCGCCGAGCUCGUUGCUCGUGCUCAACCGCAUGGCGGAGCUCAACCUUGCUCCGAAUAACUUCACUUUCACUUUUCUGUUUCAAGGAUGUUCGAACUGUUGUGCGUUUGAUCUUGGCAGGCAGUUUCAUGGCGUGUUGGUGAAAAGUUUUUUGGAUAUGGAUGUUUUCGUUCGCAAUUCGGUUAUUCAGUUUUACUCGGUUUGCGGAGAAUUGGAUGACGCGAGAAGGGUGUUUGAUGAAAGCGAUGAAGUUGAUGUUGUUUCGUGGAAUUCCAUGAUCAAUGGGUACGCGAGAAAUGGACAUGUAUCUGCAGCUUUGAUCAUGUUUGACAAAAUGCCCAAUAGAAAUGACGUGUCUUGGAAUAGUGUACUUGGCGCUUUGGCCAAGUUUGGUUUCUUGGAUGAUGCUUAUAGGGUAUUUUUGGAGAUGCCGCGGAGAAGUUUGGUUUCUUGGGUUGUCAUGAUUUCAGGGUGUGCUCAAAAUGGACGGCCGAAAGAGGCUUUGGCUCUAUUUAGAGAGAUGCUAUUGUCGCAUCAGGAGCCAAACUCCGCUAUUUUAGUCAGUGUCCUCUCCGCAUGCUCUCAGUUAGGAGCCUUGGAUUACGGUAACUGGGUUUACUCUUAUGUCCAGAAGAAACGUGUGAAGAUCGAUUCCUUACUUUCUGCAGGCCUGAUUGAUCUGUACGCCAAAUGCGGCAGCAUUGAUCUUGCAAUGCAAGUGUUCAGUUCGUCAAAGAAUAAGUGUGUUUCUACCUACACGGCUGCAAUAUCUGGGCUAGCGAUGAAUGGCCGUAGCAAAGAAGCACUUCAGCUCUUUGAGGACAUGAAGGCUGAAGGCAUUUCACCAGAUAGUAUCUCUUACAUUGCAGUUUUAAGCGCUUGUAGUCAUGAGGGGUGGGUUGAUAAGGGUUUUCACUAUUUUAAUUCAAUGUCAGAUGUUUGUGGAAUUAGACCAGAGUUGGAUCACUAUGCCUGCAUGGUCGAUCUUCUUGGUCGUGCCAGUUUGCUUGAAGAGGCAGAGCGUUUUAUUGCUUCAAUGCCAAUUAAACCGGACAGUGCCAUAUGGGGAGCCCUCCUUGGUGCUUGCAGGGUUCAUGGAAAUGCUGAAAUGGGCCAGAGAGUUGGGAAUCUACUGAUACAUUCUGACCAAAAAGAUGAUGGACGUUACAUCUUACUUUCUAAUAUCUAUGCCGAGUCCAUGAAAGGUGAAGAUGCUGAAGAGGUCAGGAAAACUUUGAGAAAAAGAAAAGUAAAGCGGGUUCCGGGGUAUAGUUUGAUAGAAGUGGACGGUUUUGUGCACGAAUUCUUGGCUGGAGAUAGGUCCCAUGAGAAAACAGAGGAGAUCUACCAUAUGUGGGAUGAAAUUGUCAAGGAGAUUAAGAAAUUUGGCUACAGCGCGGAGACUAGAGCGGUUAUGUUUGACAUUGAAGAGGAGGAAAAAGAAACUUUUGUUGGAUAUCACAGUGAGAAACUGGCCUUGGCUUUUGGGUUUAUGUACACAAAGCGUGGAUCAUUAAUUCGGAUAGUGAAGAAUAUAAGGAUCUGCAAUGACUGCCAUUCUGCAUUCAAGCUUGUUUCAAAGGUUUUCAAAAGAAAAAUUGCUGUUCGCGAUCGAAAACGCUACCAUCAUUUUGAAGAUGGACAUUGUUCCUGCAUGGAUUACUGGUAA